ACACCUCCGUCCUCCGACACCAACAAACCGCAAUCAUGUCUCACGAGACCGUCUACUUCUCCCGUCCCCGCACCUACGGCAAGGGCGCCCGUGGCUGCCGUGUCUGCACCCACAAGGCCGGUCUCAUCCGCAAGUACGGCCUGAACAUCUGCCGUCAGUGCUUCCGUGAGAAGUCCACCGACAUCGGCUUCACCAAGCACCGGUAAAUUAUUUUCGAACCGCAUUUGAAGAGGAGUUGAGUAGGCGGGUGGUGUCUUUGGGAGCCGGUCAUGAGUGGUCAAAAAAGGGCUUCGAGCAUACGCGAAUGACGAACAAAUGGAGUUGUGACUCUUAUUUGGGCCUUGGUACACGACCUGCGAUGUUCUGGUAUGCUCUGGUGGCUAG